UGAUUAGUACAAUAUUGUUCACUUUGAGUCUCAUUGGCUGGCUUACAUAGAUUUACUUUUGGUUUUCUUCCCAAAAAAUCUCGAACUAAACAUCUUUUUAUAUAUUAGACUCUCCUUAUCUAAUUCUCCAAUGUGGUAUUUGGAUUAACAUCUCUUACUCCCACAGUCUGUACUUUGCAUUCAAUGGUUUCACGUUGAACUCUGAUACACAUCUACUAUGGAUAAUGGAUCUCUUGAUACCUGCAAGGCCCAGUCCGAGGCAUAGGCAAAUGAAUCGAUUGUUUAGGCAUCUCGAUUUUAUACAACAAUUUUAGUUGUAUUAUAUAUAGGACACUAAAAACAAUUAUGCGAAGAAUGUGGGCAUAAAUUUGUAUUUGAAUGUAGGGCAUUAUAAUUUUUUUAAAUAAAGUUAGACCGUCCCUAAUCAUGAUAGUUUACCCUCCGCUAGUUUCUUUUAUUAUGUUUGGUAAGUCAUUGUGUACAAAAGUCAAAACCUGCUCGGCGGUAAGGAGGGUUCCACCUCCAAAUAGGCGGAUAAAAUGCUUGGGUUUGCUUGCUCCUCACACACCUUUCUCAAAUCAACUAGAAAGCUUUACAACGAAACAGCUGGCAGUGACGUACCCAUUCUCUCACUCGUCCACGUGUAAAGUGGCGACCUUGUCUCGCUGCUUAUGCAUAUGUUCGUCGUUCCUCUAGAUUUAGCUUGAUCAGUCGACGGUCUGAAAAGAGAAGGAAAAAAAAGGUAAACUAAUCGGCGUUGAUGGGCUUCGUGGACCUCUGUUACCGGGAACGCCGCCACAGAAAGCUCAAGCAGUUCCAGAGAGUGGAGAUAAAAGUGAAGAUGGACUGCGAAGGGUGCGAGAGACGGGUGAGGAAGUCGGUGCAAGGCAUGAAAGGAGUUACCAAUGUCACAGUCGAUCCUAAACAGAGCAAACUAACGGUCGAGGGAUUCGUCCAACCCAACAAAGUGGUGCGACGGGUGAUGCAUCGGACGGGGAAGAAGGCGGAGCUGUGGCCGUACGUGCCUUACGAGGUGGUGCCCCACCCUUACGCACCUGGUGCCUACGACAAGAAGGCCCCUCCUGGCUAUGUUCGCAAUGCACUCGCCGACCCUCUUGUGGCCCCGCUUGCUCGUGCCAGCUCCUUCGAGGUCAAAUACACCUCUGCCUUCAGUGAUGACAAUCCCAACGCUUGCACCAUCAUGUGAUCACUUACAUGACCAUCAUGUCUUUUUUUUUUUUUUUGUGUGUGUGUGUAAUUUACACUGUUUUUACGUAUUACGUAUCACAAGUCGGUUUAAA